GCCAACGGCAAGCUCGUCAACAUCUCCAUGGGUCAGGGGCAGGAGAAGGUCGCCAUCGCGAGCCUGCACCAGGUCUCUAGGGAGGGCGGCUGGGUCAUGUUGCAGAACGUCCACCUGAUGCAGGCGUGGCUGCGGACGCUGGAGCGCAACCUGGAGCUCCUGGAGGAGUUCUCGCACCCGGACUUCCGCUGCAUCCUCACCUCCGAGCCCCCCAGCGCGCUGCAGGGGUGCGCCCCGCGGGGUCGCGGCGGGCCGUUCACGCGGUCUUUCUCUUUCGCCAUGGGGUCGGAUGACCUUUGGGAGCGGAUGGCGGCGCUGCCUGUGGCCCAGGCGGCGUUCGGCGAGGCGGCGGGGGCGCUCAGGGGCCACAGCGGCACCAAGGCCUUGUCCGUGGCUGCGGCGGCCGCGGUGCGCGGAGCUGCCCCGGGCGCCGCUGCGGGCGCAGCCGGAGCAGGUGCUGCCGCCUCGGCCUGCGGCGGGGGGCCCAAGAGCGAGAUCGCGCUGCUCGCCGAGGUCCUCGACGCGGUCGGCGAGGCGUCGGACCUGGAGUGGCCGGUCUCGGUCCAGGACGCCAAGGGCCUCCUGCAGGACAGCGGGGCGGUCGCUGGCUUCCCGCCUUGGGAGGCGACCGACAGCGUGCAGGAGCAGGUGAAAGACGGUUUCUCCAUCGGCGCGGGCUCCGCGGCAGCGGUGGAGCAGCUCGGCAUCGGCUCGGGGACGGAGUCGGCGGGCUCGCUGUCCGUUGAGAUGGGCACGCAGACGGAGGAGCUGGAGGUGAACGCGGGGGAGUUCGUGGAGAUGGGGUUCGCGCUGGAUCCGCAGCCGACGACCAGCCGGAGCCCGUGGCCCACUGCGCCAGUCCCACCUGCCCCCCAGCUGGAGGACGGCGCGAGCUUGAAGCGGUCCGCGGUCGGCUCGGACGUGGGGCCCCACGGCGCCGACGACGUCGGCAGUCUGAACGUGGAGUUCGUGCGCUCGGCCGGCGACGCGGCCGCGGUCGUGGAGGAGCCAGGAGAUGCACCACCCGUGGAGGUGCGCUCGGGGGCGGCGACGCUGGCCAAAGGCGACAAGGUGGUGGGCAUCGUGGUCUCCGCGAACGUGCCGAGGCAGAGCUGGCCGUGCCUCGCCAAGGCCGAGGGUGCGGAGGCUGCGCCGUCGGCGCCGAGUCGCAGGCCCAGGCGCAAGAUGGCCCCAGACUGA